ACAACUUGCAAUGUUAAAAUAAAAGUGACCAGGCAUGGUGGUUCACACUUGUAAUACCAGCACUUUGGGAGGCCUAGGUGGGCGGAUCACUUGAGGUCAGGAGUUCAAGAACAGCCUGGCAAAAUGGUGAAACCCCAUCUCUACUAAAAAGAAAAAAAAAAUUAGCCGGGCAUGGUGCUGUAUGUCUGUAAUCCCAGCUACUUGGGAGGCUGAGGUGGGAGAAUAGCUUGAACCUGGGAGGCAGAGGUUGCAGUGAGCCAAGAUUGUGCCACUGCCCUCAAGCCUGAAUGACAGUCUCAAAUAAAUAAAUAAGAAAUAUUGACUGUUUUCCAAAUGUCUUGAAUUUAUUAAAGCUAUGCUAUUACUUCACUGCCAUUUAAAAAUUAUUUCUCUUUGAUUAUUUUAGUUCCUUGAUAUUCCUAAAACAACUUUCUGUUUUGUAUUGUUUUUUUGAGAUGGAGCCUUGCUGUGUCUCCUAGGCUGGAGCACAGUGGUAUAAUCUCAGCUCACUGCAACCUCCACUGCCCAGGUUCAAGUCAUUCUUUUGCCUCAGCCUCCUGAGUAGCUGGGAUUACAGGUGUGCACCAGCAUACCCAGCUAAUUUUUGUAUUUUUAGUAGAGAUGAGGUUUCACCAUAUUGCCCAGGUUUGUCUCAAACUCCUGAACUCUAGUGAUCUGCCUGCCUCAGCCUCCCAAAGUGCUGGCAUUACAGGCGUGAGCCACCAUGCCUGGCCUAUUGCUGCUUUUUAACAAGCAAAACUGAAGUAUCUUCCAUUCAUCAAAUCUUAUGGGGUGAUAUAAAUGAGAUAAUAGUACAUGGUCUUAAAAUGGCUCUGUUUAACUCAAGUUGAGCACUCUUGUUUAGGUACAACUUCCAUUUAUUUCAGUCAUCUAUCUGUAUCAGUGUUUUCCAGACAUCUUAAGAAAUCACCAGGGACUCCUGUAAAAAUAAGAAUGCCACUCUCCUCCACUCAACAGCUAUUGAAUCAGGCUGUUGGGAGAGAUAAGUGACUUUUAAAGUACAGAUCACAUUUGUGAACUCCCCUGCAGAGCAAAAGCACCCUAUUGGAAAAAAAUGUAAUGUAUUGCCACAUUGCAACAGUGUAACAGUUGUGGGUAUUUGAUAACAAGACCUUAUACCAACUUUUGAUUCAGUUGCAUUGUUUCAUGGUUUCUGCAAUUUCAGCACCCAAGGACAAGUUUUGAGAUUGUUAUGGAUGUCUCCCUCUACCUCUGCAUUCCAGCUUCUACCAUUUCUUUUCAAAAUACUUGGCCCCAAGAAGUUAUCCAUUUCCAGACUUCAUGCAAUCAUCAAAAAAAAAGUUCAAAAAUUUUAAAACACGUUUUAAAAUUUUUUGUAGAUCCUCUUUUUCUUUUUUUUUCUUAAUAGCACCAGCCCCUGCAGGGCUUUAUUUAUUUAUUUAUUUAUUUAUUUACUUACUUACUUACUUACUUAUUCACUUACUUAGUAGAGACCCUGUCUCCCUAUGUUGCCCAGACUGGUCUCGAACUCCUAGGCUCAAGCAGUCCUCCUGCCUCAUCCUCCCACAGUGCUGGGAUUAUAGGCAUUGUAGAUCCUUUAAAAUGAAACUUUGAUCUUUAUUUAAAUACAAUCUGAGAGCAAAAGGGUUAAUCGUGGUUAAUCUUGGAUUGCUCUAUUAUCCCUGAAGGGAACAUGAGAACUUCAAGCAAAUACAUAGCACACAAAAGAACCUAUAUUUAAUAUGACUCAAAGACUUGAUGAUCAUAAGAUUAGAGAGCAGACCUUUGUGUUUAUGUCUUGAGGGCAUUUUCUAAGGGAAAUAGCUAUGGCAUCUCAUAAAAAAACAAGAGUAAUUUGUUGUUACUCAUCUGUCCCUUCCUUUGCCAUUAUAAAACUCUCUUCCCUAUCCCUUCAGAACAGAUGGAAUCGUCUGAGUCUUUGCAGGUAAGCAACUGAAAUUUGCUUUCUAUAAGAAGUUCAUUAAAAUAAAAUAUUUAUCAUUUUGUGUAUUUUGUGUGCCUUAGGCAGAGUUAGGAGUUAGUGUAUAAUAUAAUUUUUGCUCAGAAGAAUUAAUAUUUAUGAAGUGUUUCAUAUUUAAAGCUGUUCAGUCUUAACUACUUUCCUUUUCAUUAUCAAUUAUUAUCAUAUGCUUCUAAAAAUAAAAAAUUAUGUAAUAAUUAGACUGACUAUUAGGAAAUGGGUGAAGAGAUGAAAGUUCAAAGAAUGCUAAUGAUUUUUGUGUCAAGGUGAAUGAGUCAUUGUAUAAAAAGGUAUAAAAGAAAUAGAGAUCACAGAUUAGAAAGUUUCUUUUUAAAAAAGAAACAGUACAGUGCUUUGUGCCAAAAGCUGAUUAUCACUAAUGCUUCAUACAAAACUGGAUACAAAAAAGCAGCAGUUUUAUGCUUUGAACUAAUUUGUCACCUUGGACGUCACUGGAUAUGAAAUCCACAACUUUCACAAAAGCGAGAGUCCAUUUUUACUGCCUUUUUAAGCAUUGCAAUUGAAAUGAUUUUAUUACUAUUUAGAAAUUUAAAAACAUUUCACCAUUUCCUAGUAUUUUUUGUUGUUGUUAGUUUGUUUGGACUGGUUUGGUUUGAUUUUUCUGAGACAGGGUCUCACUCUGUCACCCAGGCUAGAGUGCAGUAGUGUCAUCUCGACUCACUGCAACCUCCACCUCUCAGGCUCAAGCAAUCUCUCACCUCAGCCUCCCAAAGUGUUGAGAUUACAAGUGUGAGCCACUGUGCCUGACCAAGGUUUUUAUUUAAUUAAGAACAAAAACCCAAACCAGUGCAAAAACUUUUUUUUAGUGAACCUGAAUGUCGGAACUUAAAUUUAAAGAAAUAGAGAUGAUUUUUUUAAAUACAAUCUGCAGUCACAAGUUCUUAAAAAUCAAACAGAAGUGCCCUCACAAAAUCGUGUCUUGUUUAUGAUGAAAUGGAUACUUCUUUAUCUGAUGUCAAGUGACUAACUUAUUGUUUCCCUCAGAAAGACUCUUGACUAAGGUUUCCACUUGUCUUUAUAUUUACUAAGCAAAAGGUGUCUGUGACUAUUCACAUUCAGAGAAAGAAGAAAAGCAGAAAAGAGAAUGCAUGUCUUAAGACGCUAAGGGACACAGCAUUGAAAUAGCCUGGAAAGUGCUCAGAAAGAACGCUGGCAAAUCAAAUGUUCACCUGGGGCUCAAUUGGGAAGAAAGAAAAGAAAAAUCAAUAUGCAGUCAAAGAAACAUCUUAUUUUUCUAGAAAGUGACUCUACAGAAAUGUUCAAGGAAGCUCUCCCUUAGCAACACCCCUGACAUUCCAGAGACUGUCCUAAACUCCUGUGUUCAGCUUCUGUCUGGAAUCAGAUUUAUCUUCGAGUCUGCCUUCAUACAGGAAAAAUGCAUGUGGCAGUGGUAGUAGUGAACGUAAUAUUGCUUCUGAGCAUGGGAUGGACAUCAGACUCUCUCUGCUCACCCACCAUUUUUUACAGAGACUGCUGGAUCCGUCGCUUCCCAGGUCUUCUAGUCGAUCUGGAGGAGUCUCAGAAGCUGGGAGCCCAGUUCUUGAAGUAUUAUUCUGAAAGCACGGGCCAGAAGUGCAGUAGGAGCUGCUGUCUUCAGAAGGAUGUUUCCUGUAACCUGGCUGUCUUCUACCACGAUCCUAUUCAUGACAAUAUCAACUGCCUCCAUAUUCACUGCCCAACACUGGAGAGCUGCAUAUUACAGCCUGGAACCAGUGCCAUUUUGUACAACAUAACAGAUGGUAUAGAUCCGGAUUUGCUGGUUUUUGAACAAUCUCCCAUGUAUCUAAACACUCAUUCUUCAUCCAGUAGAUGGGACAGACUAAGGAUUCUAAAAGCUGUAAAUUUAGAUAAACCACAAACCACUGUGAUAAACCAUGUGCUGCCAUCCACAGAGGCUCCACCCUCAACCACACAUCAAGAUUUGGUUGUAAAUACAAACAGUACUGGCUAUUCCAAAGAAUUAACCACAGAUUUUUGGGCAAGAUUCACUUCCCUGAAUGACACCAUUACCACAAAGGUAAAUAUGGUGUCACCAAGUUCUGAUGUCAUCAGCAAUCCAGAUAAUAAGACGAUUUCUCCUUUCUUUGUAUCCAUAGACACAAAACUUUAUCAUAUGCCUAUUCCAUCCCGACUCAACAGCAGCAAACAAAUACUGAACAAAACCAAAGGAUACAAUAGCAGAAACCACACAUCUGCAAAUGAAGAUGAGGUAUCUGUGACUUCAAGGACCUGGCUGGCUUCUGUGGCCCUUUGCACCUCUAUCAUCUUUCUGGGCUGUUGUAUAGUCAUCCUGGCAUCUGGAUGCUGUGGAAAGCAGCAGGGCCAGUAUAAACUAGGACAGAGAAAAUCAGAAUCCUAGCAAAUUAAAAACUGUAACCAUAUGAAGGAGAACUCUUCAUAGUAAAAGCUGUAGCAAGAUUAUAUGCUUUCAAGGAUAUCAUUUUUAGUUUUGUAUAACAAAGGGCAGUUCAGUUAAAAAAAAAAAAAUUAGGCUGGGCGUGGUGGUUCACACCUCUAAUCCCAACCCUUUGGGAGGCCAAGGCAGGAGAACUGCAAAAUUCUGAUCCUUACAGUUGUUACUUAGUACUGAGUAAGAGACACUGUUCCAGUGCUUUAGGGGGAUUAACUCACUGAAUCCUUCCAACCCUGAAAGGUGGGUAUACUGCUAUUAACCAUGAUACUGUUGUUAUCAGACAUUUUACAGAUGAGGCAGCUGAGGUGAAGACAGGUUACGCAACUUCCUAAAGACACUCAAGUAUUAAGUAGUGAAGUCAGGACUUAAUUAAACACAGGCAGUCUGGUUCAAGUCCAUGCUCAAAAAUCACUGUUAAGAGCCUCUAUUUUCCCAAAAAGAUGAAAAAUCAGUAUCAGGAAGAAAACACCACAAUAUCAUCAUUAUCAUCAUAUUUGCCACCCAGUCAAGGUCAAAUUAUUGUCAUGUACAGUAAUACAAUCAUGUAGUAAUGUGAGCAAAAGAAGUUACUAACAGUUACUAACCCGUAAACAAAUGCCUCCCGAUCUUAAUCUAGCUUUCUGCAUUCAAUUGAUUAAUCCUUCUCAAUCUCAACCCAUCUUCAUCUUCCUUUCAGUAAUUGUGCUACUGAGCUCUUUGAGCUUUUUGUAUUGAUUUCUGUUGAAUAAAGAUUGGGAGUUUUAGUUA